CUUGACCCUUGGAACCAAACCCGGACUUCUCUUUGUGAUUCCUUGACUCCAACAUGAUUACUGCUGGUUCUGACUGAUUCUCUGGCUUCUGGCCUUGAACUGGCUUAUUGGACUCUGACUUUUGUUUAUUGAGGGAUUGCUUCUGAGAUCAUCCUUUGGCAUGGGCCACCCUUUCCCAACCUGGAGGAGGAGAAGAGCGGUACCUCAAGGAGCCACCUUCUACGUUCUUUUACUGAGGCCACCUCAAGCCUGAGAAGAACCUCGGUUCCCUGAGCCCAGCCACCAUGCCUUUCGGGCUGAAAUUGCGAAGGACCAGGCGUUACAAUGUCCGGAGCAAGAACUGUUUCAUGACCCGGAUUCGCUUGCUGGACAACAGUAAGAUCGAGUAUACCCUCUCUGUGGAGAGCACCGGGCAAGAGUGCCUAGAGGCCGUGGCUCAGCGGCUAGAAUUACGAGAGACACACUAUUUUGGCCUUUGGUUUCACAGCAAGAAUCAGCAAGUGCGAUGGGUCGAAUUGGAGAAACCUUUGAAAAAGCAGUUGGACAAGUUUGCCAGCGAGCCUCUGCUUUUCUUUGGGGUCAUGUUCUACGUGCCCAGCGUUGCUCGUCUGCAACAAGAAAUCACAAGGUAUCAGUAUUACCUACAGGUAAAAAAAGAUGUUCUCGAUGGACGAUUGCGACCUUCAUUUGAACAAGUGAUAAGGUUGGCUGCGUUGGCGGUUCAAGCUGAUUUUGGAGACUACCAUCAGUUUGAAUCUCAUGAUUUUCUACGGGAAUAUGUUUUAUUUCCUAUGAAUUUUACUCAAGAUGAACAGGUCCUGGAGGAAUUAACUCAGAAAGUAGCUCAGGAGCACAAAAAUCACAGUGGUAUCUCCGCAGCAGAAGCAGAAUUUGUUUACAUCAGCGAAGCAGAACGGCUAGAUGGGUUUGGGCAGGAAAUCUUCCCAGUGAAGGACAAUCAAGGAAAUGACAUGCAUUUGGGAAUCUUCUGCAUGGGGAUUUUUGUAAAGAAUAGAAUGGGAAGGCUCACAGUGUUCUACAGGUGGGAUGAUAUUGGAAAUAUAACACACAACAAGUCUUCCAUUGCCGUGGAACUGCUCAACAAAGAAGAAACGGUGUUCUUUCAUACAGAUGACCUUGAAAAUGCCAAGUAUAUUUCGCGGUUAUUUUCUGCAAAGCACAAGUUUUACAAACAAAACAAAAUCUGCACAGAACAAUCAAAUUCCCCUCCUCCUAUCAGACGGCGACCCACCUGGAGUAAAUCAUCCUUGCCAAGGCAACACCCGUAUAUUCUGCCUCCUAUGCAUGUCCAGUGUGGAGAACACUAUACUGAAGCUCACAAUUCACAAGAUAGCAUUUUUCUUGGGAAUGAGGAAAUGUUUUACUGCCGAUCUCAGACUAGCUUGGACCGUUCUGCAAUGGAUUUCAGCUACGUGAACGGCAACGUCCCGAAUGGGAGCGUGUGUAGUGCCCAGAGUAUGAACUCCCUUAACCACUCUCAGAACUUCAUCCAAGCUUCUCCGGUGUCUUCCAACCUCAGCAUCCCUGGAAGUGACAUUAUGAGAGCAGACUACAUCCCAAGCCAUAGACAUAGCGCGAUCAUUGUGCCCUCCUACAGGCCAACACCGGAUUAUGAAACUGUCAUGAGACAGAAGAGAGGGGUCAUUCACAUGGAUAGCCAAAGCCAGUCCUUGAGGAACCUCAAUAUUGGAAACACUCAUGCUUACAACCAGCCUAAAGACCUUGUGUACAGCCAGCCAGAGAUUCGGGAGAGACCUCAGUACACCAUUACAUAUGGGCCUCAGGGCACUUACAAAAAACACAUUGCUCCUUCUGAGCAAGUCAACCCCAACCCGCAUAUGGCACAGACAAAACCAGCUGCCACUGCCAUUUCCCACACGGUCAGCACGCCAGAGCUAACCAACAUGCAGCUCCCUAAUAGUCAGAGAUCUGGCACAGCACAUGUACUCAAGAACUAUCUUCCCCGGCCACCCCCGCCCUAUCCCCGGCCACGUCCUGCUACCAGCACCCCUGACCUCGCAAGUCACCGUCAGAAGUAUGUGAGUGGCAGCAGCCCUGACCUGGUCACACGGAAAGUCCAGCUUUUGGUGAAGACGUUCCAAGAGGAUAGCUCUCCUGUUGUCCACCAGUCUCUGCAGGAGGUUAGUGAACCCCUCAUGGCUGUGAAACAUCACGCUGCAGUCAACAAGCGCCACAGUUUGGAAGUGAUCAGCAACAUGGUCCGUGGUAUGGAAGCCAUGGCUCUAAAGAGCAUGAAUGCACCCUUGCCACGCAGGAAUACCUUACGCGAGCAGGUGCAGCCGGAGGAGGUGGCGCAGAGGGCCCAUGAGGUUCAGCAGUUCCAGUGCUACCACCACAAGAAGACCUUCUCAGAUGCCACCAUGCUGAUUCACAGCAGCGAGAGCGAAGAGGAGGAGGAAGCUGCCCACCCUGUGCCUUCGGUGACCACGCUGCAUGAAAAUAUGGAGUACAGCGCUCAGCUACAAGCUGCCUUGGCAAGAAUACCAAAUAAACCUCCACCUGAGUAUCCUGGUCCGAGGAAGAGCAUUAGCAACGGAGCCCUGCGGAAUGAUCAGGUCAACGUCCUCUUGGCUAUGUCUCGAGCCAGGGCCAUGAGGCCAGGGCCUGCAAAGGCGAUUAGCAUCUCUCGGACUGAUCAGACUGGGCUCAAUGGGCCUUCCCUCGGCCCAUCGAUUUCGGAGCCAGACCUCACGAGUGUCAAGGAAAGAGUCAAGAAAGAGCCAGUGAAGGAGAGGCCUGUCUCUGAAAUGUUCACUAAUGAAGACAGCAUAAUAGAAAGAGAGAUGAGGUAUCUAGAGAAACAGAAGAUGGCAGGCCUGGAGGCCCAGAAGAGGCCCUUGAUGUUGGCAGCGCUCAAUGGUCUCUCAGUUGCUCGAGUUCCAGUGCCUGAGGACAGCCAGGAUGAAGGAGCCAAGGUGCCAAUGGAUGAGCGGUGCAGACUCCUGAGAAAAAAACUGGAAGAAGAAAUGGUAUUCACUGAAUAUGAGCAAAUUCCAAAGAAGAAAGCAGAUGGGGUGUGUACCACAGCGAUGCUCCCAGAUAACAUAGAGCGUAACCGUGUCAGAGAAGUAGUUCCGUAUGAGGAGAACCGAGUGGAGCUGGUACCAACCAAAGAAAACAAUACAGGCUACAUCAAUGCCUCACACAUAAAGGUUACCGUAGGUGGAGAAGAAUGGCACUACAUCGCCACACAAGGACCUCUACCCCAAACCUGCCAUGAUUUUUGGCAAAUGGUGUGGGAAGAAGGGGUUAAUGUGAUAGCUAUGGUGACAGCAGAAGAGGAAAGAGGAAGAACCAAGAGCCAUCGUUACUGGCCAAAACUUGGUUCAAAGCACAGCUCAGCCACUUACGGGAAGUUCAAAGUGACCACCAAAUUCCGCACCGAUUCUGGCUGCUAUGCCACAACAGGUCUGAAGGUCAAGCAUCUUUUGUUAGGACAGGAGAAGACCGUGUGGCAUUUGCAAUACACCGAUUGGCCGGAUCAUGGUUGUCCAGAAGAACAAGGUUUCCUCUCUUAUUUGGAAGAGAUCCAGUCUGUGCGCCGCCACACCAACAGCGUUCUGGACAGCAGCAACAACUGCAACCCUCCGGUCGUCGUCCACUGCAGCGCUGGCGUAGGGAGAACCGGUGUGGUGAUUUUGACCGAACUCAUGAUUGGCUGCUUGGAACACAACGAAAGAGUGGAUGUCCCAGUGAUGCUGCAAAAUCUAAGGGAGCAGAGGAUGUUCAUGGUCCAAACCAUUGCGCAGUACAAAUUUGUGUAUCAGGUCCUCAUCCUGUUCCUACAAAACUCCAGACUCAUUUAACACCCCGAGAAUCAGAAACUGUUCGCUCACAGACGUCUACAGUUUUCUUGGAUAUGGCUGAGCAUCGCUCCCUUGAUAACAUCUAGUUUUACAGUAUUGUGUGGAACAUGAUUAACAUUGUCUUGACAGUAAGGAGACUUUGUUCUUCCUACAGAUUAUUUUAUACAAGAUAAUUUAUUGUUAUUUUUUCCCUUUGGAAUGAUGUGUGAAUUUUUGUAAUUUGUAAAAUGUUCUGAUUUUGUAAUAACAGAACCAUAUUUGACAAGACUGAUCUUCAUUGCAACCUCUUCUUAGCAGGGAAUGGUUCCCAUUUGACAAGGUUCUCUUGCACGCUCAGUCAGAUGAAAGGCAGUUUGAUUAGUUAGAUUUUUCUUUUCUUUUUUUCCCCCAGAAAACAAUAUUUUGCAACCCACUUUUUCAGGCUUUGGUGCCUUGAGUGAAAAAAGUUGUUUGUCCAGAUCUGAAAGCAAAUCCGUUUCUCUUAAAAAUAGUUUUAAUCAGAUAUACAAUAUAAGGAAAUGCCUUAUAUUAAUUUAGAUCACUAGUCCGUGUAUCCCCCCCACUGUCUUCUCUGAGAAACAGCAGUUUUCCAAGGCAGUACUGCCUGAGAUCCUUUUAAUUGGAAAAGCCAGAGUUUCAAAAAGUUACUUGGACUAUAACUCAGAACUCCUAGCCUUUCAGAUUCUGGAAGGUAAAGGUUCCCCUUGACAAUUUUUGUCCAGCCGUGUUCGACUCUAGGGGG